AUGGCUGCAGUUAAUCAUUUUUAUGUUUUGAAUAUUGGGAUGAAUAUUAACCCUAAUUUCAAUGUCAUUUACUUGUUCAACAACCUGCAGUUGAGGAACACACUCUAUGAUCACGACAUUCUUGCAUUUAUCAUUCCAACACUCCUGUCGUUGGUCCAGAUCAUAUAUCCAGCUUAUCAAGAUCUCUUCCGAACACACCCUAUGGCCAUGAGCGUUGUGCGGUCUAGCUUGCUUGCUUAUUGCUUGGCCUUCAGCUUGUGGGUGCUAAGUAUAAGACAUUAUGCUCGUGGACAAAAUCUUGCAUAUGCUCAUUUCUGGUGCCCUAUGGCCAUGAGGCUGUUUGGUUCAGUCUCGGUUACUUCACUUCUCUACAUUUUAUUUCCCCAUGACCCCUCCUGGCAGCCUCUCAUUUACAUUUUAAUCGCCGCUUACUUCGCUGGUAUCGAUUUUGCUUCAGCAAGAACCCUACUGGCAGCAUCUGCUUUACAUUUUGUGGGUGGCUCAGUUGCUGCUGCUGCUGAGAUUGCCCCGAAAACUGGUGAGAAGGACAUGUCCAAUUUUGCCGCGGACCACAAUGGAUAUGCCACAAGGAUAGUCGUCAAUACUUGGCCCCCAUUUUCAAUGGUUUUUCGCAUGUGA